CAUAUAAGCGCAGGCAUGGAGAGCCCUCGGUCCUUCUCUCGGCUGCCUUCCCGCCGCCUUCCCUUCUCGGCGCCUCUCUCGCCCAUACACACACAAACGCACGGCGAAGCACACACUCACGAACCCCAAAUAUUGUCAGUCUCUGUCUUUCCCUCAAAUCUAAACACACCGGCACGCGGGAUCUCUCCCUCCCCGCUUUUUUGUCUCCUUCCCUCUCUCUCUCUCCUCACACACACACACACACUGCACACGAGCGUGCGCGCACACACCCCACAUAAACACACACGCAGCUGCAGCGCCCUGGGUCACAGUCCGUGCGGGCGCCAGGCUGGAGACAAAGGUCGCCCAGGCUCCCGGGACCGCGCGCAGGACACAGCAGAGCCUCUGCCUGGCCUCCGCCCGCCUCCGAAGAGGGUCCCGGCGAGCUCUUCGCCCGCGCGCCCUCGGGGGUCCGCCCUCAGCCAGACCCUGCGCCUGGCGCGCCGAGGGUUAAGGGCCCGGCGGGCGGGGGCGCCGAUCUCCGGCUGUGAUUGGCCGCGCCGCGCUGGCCCCGCGCCCCGCCAUUGGCCCCAGGCCGGGCCCGCCUCCCCGGGACUCGGCGCCCAAGCCGCGCUCGCCCGCGGGGAGCCGAGCGCGCCGCCGGGGCCAGCCUGCCGAGCCGAGCGUCCGAGGAAAGCGGCCGAGAGCCGGGAGUCGGGCCCGGGGCGCGGCACGGGGCCGGAGCGGAGCACGCAAGCUAUGAUGUCGACCUACAAGAGGGCCACGCUGGACGAGGAGGACCUGAUGGACUCGCUCUCCGAGGGCGACGGGUACCCAAACGGCCUGCAGGUGAACUUCCGCAGCCCCAGGAACGGCCAGCGGUGCUGGUCCACGCGGACCCAGGUGGAGAAGCGGCUGGUGGUACUGGCGGCACUUUUGGCGGCAGGACUGGUGGCCUGCUUGGCAGCGCUGGGCAUCCAGUACCGGACAAGAAACCCUCCCGUGUGCCUAAGUGAGGCCUGCAUCUCAGUGACCAGCUCCAUCUUGAGUUCCAUGGACCCCACGGUGGACCCCUGCCAGGACUUCUUCACCUAUGCCUGUGGAGGAUGGAUCAAGGCCAACCCGGUACCUGAUGGCCACUCCCGCUGGGGGACCUUCAGCAACCUCUGGGAACACAACCAAGCCAUCAUCAAGCACCUCCUUGAAAAUUCCACGGCCAGUGUGAGUGAGGCAGAAAGGAAGGCCCAAGUAUAUUACCGUUCAUGUAUGAAUGAAACUAGGAUUGAGGAGCUCAAGGCCAAGCCCCUGAUGGAGCUGAUUGAGAAGCUUGGGGGCUGGAACAUCACAGGGCCGUGGGACAAGAACAACUUCCAGGAUACGCUGCAGGUGGUCACCUCCCACUACCGCACCUCACCCUUCUUCUCCGUCUAUGUCAGUGCUGACUCCAAGAAUUCCAAUAGUAAUGUGAUCCAGGUGGACCAGUCUGGCCUGGGCCUACCCUCAAGGGACUAUUAUCUGAACAAAACUGAAAAUGAGAAGGUGCUGACAGGAUACCUGAACUACAUGGUCCAGCUGGGGAAGCUGCUGGGUGGAGGGGAUGAGGACUCCAUCCGGCCACAGAUGCAGCAGAUCCUGGACUUUGAGACGGCACUGGCCAAUAUCACCAUCCCCCAGGAGAAGCGCCGGGACGAGGAGCUCAUCUACCACAAGGUGACGGCGGCCGAGCUGCAGGCCUUGGCGCCCGCCAUCAACUGGCUGCCCUUUCUCAACACCAUCUUCUACCCUGUGGAGAUCAAUGAAUCUGAGCCUGUCGUUGUCUAUGACAAAGAGUACCUCGGCCAGGUGUCCACCCUCAUCAACAGCACUGACAGAUGCCUGCUGAACAACUACAUGAUCUGGAACCUGGUGCGGAAGACAAGUUCCUUCCUUGAUCAGCGCUUUCAGGAUGCUGAUGAGAAGUUCAUGGAAGUCAUGUACGGGACCAAGAAGACAUGUCUUCCUCGCUGGAAGUUCUGUGUGAGCGACACGGAAAACAACUUAGGCUUCGCGCUGGGCCCCAUGUUUGUCAAAGCGACCUUCGCCGAGGACAGCAAGAACAUAGCCAGCGAGAUAAUCCUGGAGAUCAAGAAGGCAUUUGAGGAAAGCUUGAGCACCCUGAAGUGGAUGGAUGAAGACACUCGUAAAUCAGCCAAGGAAAAGGCAGAUGCAAUCUACAACAUGAUAGGCUACCCCAACUUUAUCAUGGAACCCAAGGAGCUCGACAAAGUGUUCAAUGACUACACCGCCGUUCCAGACCUCUACUUCGAGAACGCUAUGCGGUUUUUCAACUUCUCGUGGAGGGUCACUGCUGACCAGCUCAGGAAAGCUCCCAACAGAGACCAGUGGAGCAUGACCCCACCCAUGGUGAACGCCUACUAUUCACCCACCAAGAACGAGAUUGUGUUUCCAGCUGGGAUCCUGCAGGCACCAUUCUACACCCGCUCCUCCCCCAAGGCCUUAAACUUUGGUGGCAUUGGCGUCGUCGUGGGCCAUGAGCUGACUCAUGCUUUCGAUGACCAAGGACGCGAGUACGACAAGGACGGCAACCUGCGGCCCUGGUGGAAGAACUCGUCGGUGGAGGCUUUCAAGCAGCAGACCGAGUGCAUGGUGGGCCAGUACAGCAACUACAGCGUCAACGGGGAGCCGGUGAACGGCCGGCACACCCUUGGGGAGAACAUUGCCGAUAACGGGGGCCUCAAGGCGGCCUAUCGGGCCUACCAGAACUGGGUGAAGAAGAACGGGGCUGAGCAGACUUUGCCCACCUUGGGUCUCACCAAUAACCAGCUCUUCUUCCUGGGGUUUGCACAGGUCUGGUGCUCGGUCCGCACGCCCGAGAGCUCCCACGAAGGCCUCAUCACUGACCCUCACAGCCCCUCCCGCUUCCGGGUCAUCGGCUCUGUCUCCAACUCCAAGGAGUUCUCCGAGCACUUCCAGUGCCCUCCUGGCUCGCCCAUGAACCCUCAGCACAAGUGUGAAGUCUGGUGAGGGGCGGGGCACCAAGAGCCAAGACAGAGGAGGGGGCGGCGCUGAGGACGAGCCCCUGGGGCGGGAACAAGGCUGCCCCCUGGCCCCCCAGGGCCUCCCCACCCCACACCCGAGGGUUUUCAGCUGGAACCGAGCCUACUGUGUGUGCUCUCAACGUAGUCCGAGGUUCGAUCCCCUGUGAAGACCCUGCCGUCCCAGCACACGUGUGUCAACUCUAAUGGGCAUUUGGGUGUCAGGCUGGUUGCUCACCAGCUCUGGGCCCCGUACCAACAAAGGUAAAGGGACACAGCCCCCACCCACAUCCAGCGCCAGAUACACCACAAAUGCCACUGUGUCAAAUGCUUUAAAGAUAUAUUUUUGGGGAAACUAUUUUUUAAACAUUGUGGAAUACACUGGAAAUCUUCAGGGAAAUAAUGCAUUUAAAACUUAUUUUUAAGGGAAAAGAUUGGUAUAUUUAUUAUGUUCUGUUUUUCUAAAUAACCUGUGGACAAGGGAAGCCCCCUGGAUUUACCCAUCCCUCUUCCUCACUCGGGCUAAGGCAGCCAUCCCCAGCUACUGAACGGGUUCCCGGCAGAGAGGGGGGCAGCUCCGGGAGGGCCAGCCCACGGCACCUCCCCUUGCAGCUUGCCUGCCUCUGACCCCAGAGUCCAACGGCGGGAACCCCAGCAAGGAAGGUCUGAUCCCCAAAGUGGCAGCAGGGGACUGAGGGCUGCAGCAGAACGAGGCCAGGUUGGGGCCUUCAGACCCCAUCUGGGGGCACCCACACUCCCCGGAUCCAGAGCACAGGAGGCCUGCGAGGCCGCCCCCACCAGAUGUUCUCUGCUGUGCUGUAGCUGUCCUCCUAACGUCCCCCUUCUGGCUGCCAGUGUCUGUCCUGGGGGCUGUUGCCUCGCUGCAGUGAUUCUCCCAUCCCAGCCACUUCGGGGCCUGCCUUGCCAAUUCUCUUCCCCAAGGGAAGGAGGAAAGAGAAAAUAGCUCUCCCCUCCCAUAGGGCCCCAAUCCUCCCUCUGAGCUCGGAGUGGUCCUCUGCCACCUGCUGGGCCUGGCUCCCAGGACGGCAGCCAGCCCCACCCUCCAUUCUCUAGUGCCUUAUCUGAGGCUUCAGCCCCAAGCUCCACCCCAAGGAGACAGCUCCUCCCCGCUGCCACCAGGGGCUGCAGGGCCUCGCCAUGAGGCUUUCAGAUGUCCUGACUGGAACGCAAGGCCAUAACCCUGCGCCCAGUGCCCACAGAGCUGCCCCAUGGUGCAGCCCAGAGCUCUGGCCUGCAGGUCAGUGGCCUUGAGGUCAGGAGGCUGAGGAACCCCUGAACUUGCCCUGGGCUCCAUCCACCCCCAGCCCCUUGGGUUGAAUCAGGACAAUACUAGAGGAUGGAGCUAAUUGUAGCCCACUCGAGGCCUCUGGGGAAGCAGGCCCCUGUGACCGAUCAAGAGCAGCCAGGGCCCACCUGCUCUCCCAUCCCGGCUAUCCAGGCCAUCUGGCCAGGCCCCACUCCCACCUGCACCUGCCUUGCCCGGGAAGCCAUAAUCCUUACAGCUCAGCAACUGCCUCACCAGUGCAGCUCAGCUCCAGAGCCAGGACAGGAGUGUGGGGAGUGACCUCCAGGUGUGGCCCCUGGUCCCCAAGUGGCAGGCCUGGUAGUUCUUCCAAGGGAAGGUCAGACAGGAGCUGAAGGAGCUAGAGCCACCAGCCCACCACACCUGCUGCAUGGAGGUAAGCUUUCCCCACCUGCUGCCCUCCAUGCACCUCCUCUCCCGGACCCUCGCCUCUCUGCCGUCCCUAUGGAGGGCCACCUCCCUCAAGUGUCAGUCGGCAGGACGCCUAUUCCCUCCCAGCCAGAAGCACCUGUCCUAGGGCUGAGGGUCCAGCCAGAGGGAGUGCACUCACUGGUUCAGGGCGUGCUGGGGGAGGCUUGGGCCCUGCAGGGGUGGAAGCAAAGUAUCCCAGUUCUCCUCCAGAACUUCAAAGAAGGCUGAGGAGAUGGGCAGCUGCCCUCCAAGAGACCCCCCUCCCCUCAGGCCCGCAGAGCCGUAGGGCUGGCUUCUCCGUGGGUACGUGGACAUGGGGCUUGGGGCAGGGAAUCUAUUUUUUGUAUUAUUAUGUUUUGUGCUACUGUAGUUUUGGUGUGGCACUAUUGUAUUGAAAUAAAGUACUUGUACCGAG